AUGUUGCUCAGAUCGCAUUCUGAAAGAAGACCUCUGCCGGGAUUUUCAGCUCUCCUGUCACAGAGCAGCACUCUUACACAGAAAGAUGAAGUGACCUCUGCGCCACCCCCCACUCACACCCCUCGGGAGUCCAUCUUUACACCUGCAUCUUUGAUCUCCCCGCCUCCAUGGGUGUCACAGGCCCUCGCCAACCUCGAGCAAGGGGAACAAGAACUGCUGACCCUCAGGGAAAGACAGCAGAAUGAAGUGGAGGAGGUGAACCGGCAGCUAGACAAUGCUGUAUUUGAAGCCCAACGAGAAGAGCGACGCUUACUGGAGAAGAUAGAGCAGGACCACAGAGAUGCACAGAGGCGGCUGGAUCAGGUCAAACGAGAGAAUGCUGCAGCUGUGCGUGUCGUACAGUCAAUGGUAGACCAACAAAUUAGAAAUAUUGUUCAGUUGAAGGAGCAGGUCAAGAGAUGGGGUGGCACUGCUGGAGGUGCAAACAAGAACCAGCUUCAGAGAGGGGUCGCAGAGGUGACAGACAUCCAGAAGAAUCUCGUUCAGCAAGUGUCUCCCACAGGGUCAGAAAGGUCUUGUCGCAUUAGUAACUUCUUCGAUGUGGCUGUAAACUCCUGUGGCCUCAUCGCACUCACCUGUGCAGCAGAGCGAGCUGUUUUGGUCUUCAGCCGUCAUGGCCGCCUGCUGCAAACAUUUGGAGGAACACUGAUUGGAUCCUCUAAUGAGGAGUUGGAUGCUCCCAGGGGGGUUACUGUGAAUCAGAAUGACGAGUUUCUGGUGGCUGAUAUCAAACGCGGCAGCCUCACGGCACUCAAGCUUGACCCAAAGACAGGAGUCCGGCUGGAGCGCACGGUGGUGACGGGGUAUCACAGGCCAUACCUGGUAGCUGCUUGUCUCAGUACAGGACUGAUGGCAGUUUCAGAGAGGGGCAGUGAGACAGGGCGAGUGCCAUGUAUCCGAGUCUUGGACCCUGGAUGGUCUACCAUCAGGAUCCUGGGCGUGUGCUCAGGGUUGGGGCCCGUCCUGAGCAGUCCCUGGGGUCUCUGCAUUGACAGUGAUGGGGAUGUCCUUGUGGCUGACUGGGGAAAGCAGUAUCACCGUGUGCUCAUCUAUCCAUCCAAGGGCGUGGGCUGGCCCCUGGUCAACGACACCCUGAGCAGCCCAAGGGGCCUGGCCCUGCUGCCUGAUGGACAUAUGGCUCUGUCUGACAGCAUGAAUCACUGUAUAAAGAUCUACCGCUACAAGUCCAAUUAG